AUCCAGCAGCGCAGCGGUCGUAAGACCCUGACGACCGUGCAAGGCAUUUCGCCCGAGUACGAUCAAAAGCGUCUGGUCAAGGCCUUUAAGAAGGAGUUUGCCUGCAACGGCAACGUGUCCACGCACCCCGAAUAUGGAGAGGUGAUUCAGCUGCAGGGUGAUCAGCGCAAAUCUGUCUUUGAGUUCCUUUCGGGUGUCGGCAUUGCCCGCAAGGAGCAGGUGCGU